AUGGAGAGAAAAUGGACAUACUAUGCUGUCUAUUCCAUCAUCCAGAUACACUUUGUCAGGGGAAUAUGGGAAGAAACAAUCAAUGCAGGAGAAGCAGGAGAAAACAUUUAUGCUUUGCCUGGCUCCAAUGUCAACUUGACCUGCCAAACACGAAAAAAAGCCUUCUUGGUGCAGAUGCAAUGGUCCAAGGUCACCAAUAAGAUGGACCUGAUUGCCCUAUAUCACCCUCAACAUGGCUUCUACUGUGCCAGUGAGAGUUCCUGUGAGUCACUUGUGGCCUUCACAGAAUCUCCUGGUAAUGUGAUAAAAUGGACUUUGCACUUACGGAAUGUAUCUUCCUCACUCAGAGGAAAGUAUGAGUGUAGCUUUACUUUGUAUCCAGAAGGCACUUGGACAAAAAUCUACGACCUACUCAUUCAGAGAAAUGUUACACAGGAUGAAUGGAGAAGCAGUCAUACAAUAGAAAUAGAGAUAAAUCAGACUCUGGAAAUACCAUGCUUUCAAAACAUCUCCUCAGAAAUUUCAUCUUCAUUCACCUUUGCAUGGUUGGUGGAAGAGAAUGGAACUCAGGAAACCCUUAUCACUCAAGAUCACACCAUCAGCAAUUCUACAUUAUUUAAAGACAGAGUCAAACUAGGUACAGACUAUGGACUUUACCUUUCUCCAGUCCAAAUCCAUGAUAAUGACCGGAAGUUCUGUUGCCAUGCUACAGUCAGGCCUGGGAAGAUCUUGAGGAGCACCACGAUGGUCAAAGUGUUUGCUAAGCCAGAAAUCCCCAUGAUUGUGGAAAAUAACUCCAUGGAUGGCUUGCAAGAGAGAACAUUUACCUGUUCACUGAGGAAUGUAUUUCCCACAGCUAAUCUCACAUGGUUUCUAGAUGGAGGACUUCUUCAAGGUGAAAAAGAAGUAAUACACAUUACUAAUGAAGAGAGAAAAAGCAAAGGUGGAUGUUUGGAACUGAAGUCUGUAUUGACAAGGCUGUACAUUAAUGAACCAACCCAGUCAAACAACCUGACCAUCUGGUGUGUGGCUCAGUCUCCAGGUCCUGGGAAUAAAGUGUGGAGAAUCUCAUCUGAAAAGAUUUAUUUUUCUUUAGGUUCUGUGAAUCCUCCAACAGAUCCUCCACCCAAUAUUACAGAAUCUCCUUUUAUCACCCAGUCUUCUCCAGCCAACAGCAGGUCUUCUACAAGAUAUACAGCCACAUCUUCAAUAUCCCCUGUGGAUGUAAGCACCUCAACUCCAAACUUUAUCCUUCAAACCAGCAAUUCCAGUGGGACUACCCAAGGCUUCAACUACUCCUGGACCACCAGGGAAAAAGAUACUGAACAAUCAGUUUCAUGGAUGCCCAGUGAAACAUACGGAUUAUCCUCCUCAGGAGCCGACUCAACGCUUCAUGGUACUGAGGUUAAUAAGCCCAAAGAUGGAAUGUCCUGGCCAGUGAUUGUGGCAGCUUUGCUCUUUCUCUGUGUGAUAUGUUUUGGCCUUGGGCUGAGAAAAUGGUGUCAAUAUCAGAAAGAAAUCAUGGAGAGACCCCCACCUUUUAAGCCACCACCACCUCCUGUCAAGUACACUUGCUUUCAAGAGCCCACUGGAAGUGAUCUGCCUUGUCAUGAGUUGGAGACUCUCUAG